UAACAUUUUGCUCUGAUGGUUGUUUCUUACAGUAGUUUAUUCUUAGGGUACCCAGGGACCCCAGUUGGUAGUCCUUGUAUGUUAAAUGUGUUGGUAGGAUGAGGUUUAAACAAUCUGCAUGGUGUCAGAUAUAUUUUGGAGAAUGACAGCAGGAGUUCAAAUAUAAGCAUCAAUGCAAAAGUCUCAUGUAAAAACACAGAUUAAAUGAGAGACACAACCUGGGACUGUCUUCCUUUAAGCGAUGUACAGCACACUUUUGGUAAUUUAUAUUAGAUUAGGUUAUUAAUAUUUCAGUUUACCCUUUUCUUCAUAUUGUUCUAUGUUUAACAUGAAAUUAAACUUAGUAACAAAGUAUAGAGUUAUAGUACAUGCUGUUAGUAGUUAAUCAUGUUGCAUUUUUUGUGCUUGUGUUAGUCUUAUCUGAAAUACUUGGGAUCAGGUUAUCAUGUCACAUUUCCUGCUACUGAAAUGUAAUGUUAGUUGCUCCCUGAUGUCAAAUGUUCCUCUAGAAGUGCCCCUCAAAGUCUCAUGAUUCACACGAGGAUUUUGAAAACAAGGGUUGUAGAGAUGGACUCGCUGAUGAGUGCGGUGGCGCCGCGCUCCCCGGCCCCUGCCAAGAAGCUGUCCGAGGUGGACUUCCGGUCCGGAGCCACCCUGGAGCAGCUGUCAGCCCAGGUGUCAGAGCUGGUACUACUGGAGCAGGGGGAGUUUGGAGACCAGACCGCCUUAGAGGUCCACACCGCCAAGGACUUUAUCUUCAACAUGCUGGGCUUAGUCCAGAAGGUGGACCAGCGCCUCCCGGUGGCCAACGAGUACCUGCUGCUGUCAGGCGGCGCCCGUGAAGGCGUCUUGGACCUCAACCCCGAAGACCUGGGCGACUACGCCAAAGGGGCUGACUUUGACCUGGAUUUCACCCUGCUGGUGCCCGCCCUGAAGCUCCAUGACCGCAACCAGCCUGUCACCCUAGACAUGAGGCACUCCCCGCCCUGCCACUCAUGGCUCAGCCUCCGCCUCUGCGACUCCAACAUCCUGUCCCGCUGGAACAUCUGCUGCCAGGAGGAGAACGGACUUCCCCCCGAGGAAGACGAGGAGGAGGCGGGAGAAAUGGGUAAAGGCUCCAUCCCCUCGUUGGGCUCUCCUCAGUCUCUGGAUGGAUGCUACUUCUCUCCCAGCCUGGUGACAGACUGGUUCUGGGGGGUGGUGAGCGAGGCCGUGGAGGAGCUGAGGCGAAGCCCCCAGAGAGGCAUUCCUACCCCUGACCGCCUAGAGAGGAACGGGCCCCUUACUACCAUCAUCCUCCAGGCAGGCUCUAGCCGGGUGCUGUACGACCUGCUACCUGUGGUGUCGUUUCGGGGCUGGCCUGCUGUGGCCCAAGGCUGGCUGACUGCCAACCACUUCUGGGAUGGUAAAAUCACAGAGGAGGAGGCAAUAUCUGGCUUCUAUCUGCUGCCCUGCUGCUCCCCGCUGGGUGGUCGGCCCGACAGGGAGUGGAGGCUGGCCUUCUCACGCAGCGAGGUUCAGUUGAAAAAGUGCAUCCCCUUCCCCAUGGCCCAGGCUUUCCAAGCAGCCAAGGCCGUGCUGGCUCGUAUCCUGGCCCGUCCUCGUGCGGGGCUCAGCCUCUACCACCUGCGUACUCUGCUCUUCUGGGCCUGUGACCGACUUCCUGCCGCCUACCUGUCCUGCACAGACGCCGACACCCCCGGCCGCCUCCUUCUGGGUCUCCUGGAUGACCUGGCCCACUGCAUCUUGGGUAAAAACUGCCCAAACUACUUCCUGCCCCAAUGCAACAUGUUGGAGCACCUAACCGACAGCCAGGCGCUGCUCGUUGCCAGGAAACUCGCCCACGUGCGCUCGGAUCCCAGCGAGCACCUGCGGGCGGCUCUGGACCAAGCCCAGCAGGCGGGCCAGCUGAAGAAGGAGCUAGCAACAAGCACCAAUGGCCACGGAUCCCCCGGGCAUCACCCAGCCAACGGCAUCAUCUCGCCUUCAGAGGACAAGCUGGCGCAGCGACUACAGCAGCUGGUCACCGAGAACCCCGGGAAAUCCAUAUCCGUCUUCCUCAACCCCGAUGAUGUCACCAGGCCGCACUUCCGCAUCGACGACAAGUUCUACUGAUGCAGACACGCUGCGGAGAAGAAGUGUGGGAACGGUGUGUUUUAGCAUACAAACACACACUCUGAAAACGCCGUCUGAUGUGACCGAAGACGUCACAUCAGAGGGGACGGAGACUGAAAACCAGGCAGGUGUUUUUUCUUCAAAACACUGCAGGCCUGAAACCAAACACACUCCCGCUCACCAUCCUGAAGCUGAACGAUAAAUGCAACGAAGCCUUGCUGCUUAACCGACUCUCUAAACCAAAAACACUCAUGUCCUACUACUGACACACGACAUGACGUCCAAGUUGACAGCACAACAGACAAAGAUGUCAUCAAGCUGUUUGCCACGGAGAUGGCCCAUUCCUAACGAGCUGGCCUUAACGAGACUUAUCAACUGGCGCUACAAAGACGAGGGCCGGCUUUAGUCAUGUAAAACAAGUCGCGUUGAAGAUAAACACAAAGAGCGUGUGUGUAUGUGUGUAUAUGUACGCCUAAGGCUUUUCACAUAUUACUUACACUUGUAAAGAAAGAGGGAGAAAAGCUCCUUGAUUGCUGCAUUUCUCCCCUUUUUACUUUUUGGCCCUGAUCAGAGUGGGCGAUGGCUGAACUACUGUAAAAAGGAAAAACAAGGUGUGGCUGAUGUAACUGAAUGUAAUGUUGUGAGAACUGUAGAGUCCUUGAACGAUGAGUCUCUUUUCUCUUUCAACUGCAUUUUAGCUCUUUUUUUCCUUUUUUUUUUUUUUUUGACCCCCACGCCUCACAUGAUGGCAUCUUUUUCACUUUUUUUAAUCUUUCUCAGGUAUUCACGAUACUUAUCCUUUUUUUUUUUUUUUUUUUAUGUGAACAAUUCCCUUUGAAGGUCUUUUACCACAUUUCAAAGCCGCUUACAUUUCAUUGGGUAAUGGAAUGUACCAAAGAGCUGUUUGAGCGGUGUUGAAAAGAGAAACAUAUAUCUUACAUAUCCCGAAACAUCUAAUCUUGAUCCGACUUGAUGAGAUUUACCUGAAGUCAUGUUCAGUAUGAUACUUUGCCUUUUAUCCUCUGAAGGUCACACAGCAUGUAAAAUGGCAAAAUUGUGCGGUGAAAUCAAUUUAAUUCCAAUGGAAUCUACAAAAUAAGUUUGCUGCUUGUGUUGGUGAAGAAAUCUGUGUAAAUUUUUCAUGUCGAGGUAAAGUUUGGUGAGCCUGACCCAAAGAAGUUUGUGGUUCUUGAAAAAACUGUGAACAUAUUGUCCUCUUAGUGCCGAUUUAAUGAGUUUGCUAAUUUAUUGUUAGCAAGCUUGUUUUUCCUCCCCUCUUCAACAUAACUUUUUAUUGAAUGAAAUGAUGUACAGUCCUAAGAACAAAAUGCCAGAGGGAGUAAACAGCACAAUUCAGAGAACACAGAAAGAAGCUCUGUGAGUUAAUGUGACUGAUUAGCACUAGCAUAUCCUGGCUGGCUCGCAUGUUGCAGGUUAGCUAACCGACGAGCCCUGCCAGUUAUCACUACCACAACUGCAACAGUUAGGCAACAAUGAGGCAACAAAUUGAUUAUUUGAUCAAUAAAAAAUGAACCAGCAUCUA